AAAACACAUAUACUGUACCGUAAUGGCUGCACACAUGCCUUAGGAGGGAGUUAUAGAGAUGAUCUUUAACUUUUAGCACCUGUUAGCUUUUCAGCUGUAAAUAGUCUAAAACAACGGAGCUUAUUUUCAAUGGGUGUAAUGACCAGACGUGCACGUGUGGAAACGACGAUGUUACAGAAUCUUUGUUCCGCUUCAUUAACUUAUAUGCACUUAUAGGUAGGAACUUCAAACUGACGGCAUACACUGAUUGAGAGGCAGUUACAACCGUAAUAACGCAGCCAUCGCUAAAAGCACAGUCUUUCACUUCUGAACCACUGGAAUAAUUUGGAUACUUCAAGACUUACGCACGGAGGGAAUGGGGCAGACGGAGCCGUGGGUGGGCAGAGGUGUGACAGAGUGUGGACACAAACAGACAGAAAGACUCACCGCCUUGUUUUUUGUCGGGGGAGGAAAACCGGAAAGGUGAUGAUCCACCGUUUCGGGGCAGAGCAGUUCUAAUCGAAGUUAUUCGGAGAAGCCACCGCGGGACGGACCACCAUGGGAAGGAUUUUGGCGCUCUGGCUCACCUCGGUGACACUUUCCGCCCUGAGCCGGGGGGUCUUUGGCGGCUACGGGCUGAGCAUGUUCGCCGCCCAGUCCUCCCCCCCGGACCCGUGCUACGACGAGAACGGCAACCCCCGGAGGUGCAUCCCGGACUUCGUGAACUCGGCCUUCGGCAAGGACGUGCGCGUCUCCAGCACCUGCGGCUCCCCGGCGACCAGGUACUGCGUGGUGGCGGAGAAGGGCGAGGACCGGACGCGGGACUGUCACACGUGCGACGCGGGAGACCCGAAGAAGUCUCAUCCGGCCGCGUACCUGACGGACCUGAACAACCCGCACAACCUCACCUGCUGGCAGUCGGAGAAUUACGCGCAGUUCCCCCAGAACGUCACCCUCACCCUGUCGCUGGGGAAGAAGUUCGAGGUCACCUACGUGAGCCUGCAGUUCUGCUCCCCCAGACCCGAAUCCAUGGCCAUUUACAAGUCCAUGGACUACGGGAAGUCCUGGGUGCCCUUCCAGUUCUACUCCACCCAGUGCAAGAAGAUGUACAACCGGCAGAACAAGGCGGCCAUCACCAAGCAGAACGAGCAGGAGGCCGUGUGCACCGACUCCCACACGGACAUGCGCCCUCUGACCGGCGGCCUGAUCGCCUUCAGCACCCUGGACGGAAGACCCUCCGCGCACGACUUCGACAACUCCCCGGUGCUCCAGGACUGGGUGACGGCCACCGACGUCAAGGUGAUCUUCAGCCGGCUGCACACCUUCGGGGACGAGAACGAGGACGACUCGGAGCUGGCCCGGGACUCCUACUACUACGCCGUGUCGGACCUGCAGGUGGGGGGGCGGUGCAAGUGCAACGGCCACGCGUCCAAGUGCGUCAAGGACAGGGAAGGUCAUCUGGUCUGCGAGUGCAAGCACAACACGGCCGGACCCGAGUGCGACCGGUGCAAACCUUUCCACUACGACCGGCCCUGGCAGCGCGCCACGGCCAGGGAGGCCAACGAGUGCGUCGCGUGCCACUGCAACCUCCACGCCCGGCGCUGCCGCUUCAACAUGGAGCUGUACAAGCUGUCCGGCCGCAGAAGCGGGGGGGUGUGUCUGAACUGCCGUCACAACACGGCGGGCCGCCACUGCCACUACUGCAAGGAGGGAUUCUACCGGGACGUCACCAAGUCCAUCUCACACCGCAGAGCUUGCAAAGCGUGCGACUGCCAUCCUGUGGGGGCGGCAGGGAAGACGUGCAACCAGACGACGGGCCAAUGUCCUUGCAAGGAUGGCGUGGCCGGGAUCACCUGUAACCGAUGUGCCAAGGGCUACCAGCAGAGUCGCUCCCCCAUCGCCCCCUGCAUCAAGAUUCCCGUGGCAUCCCCGACAGCAACUUACAGCAGCUAUGACGAGACAUCAGAUUGUGACUCCCACUGUAAAGCUUCCAAAGGGAAGAUGAAGAUCACCAUGAAGAAGUACUGUAAAAAAGACUACGCCGUUCAGGUGCACGUGCUGAAGGGGGACAAGGCGGGCGAGUGGUGGAAGUUCACCGUCAACAUCAUAUCGGUGUACAAACAAGGGGAGCAGCGCAUCCGGCGCGGGGACCAGCUGCUGUGGGCGCGCGCCAAGGACGUGGCCUGCAAAUGCCCCAAGAUCAAACCGGGCAGGAAGUACUUGCUCAUGGGCUCAGACGACGACUCCCCCGGGCAGAGCGGAGUGGUGGCAGACAAGGGGAGCCUGCUCAUCCCCUGGAAGGACCUGUGGGGGCGCCGCCUCAGGAAGUUCCAGCAGCGCGACAAGAGGGGGAAGUGCUAGAGAGCGGGAGAACGGGGAAGUGGAGGCCACUCUCCGAUGGGACGGCCGGGACAAAACUGGAACAUCAUUCCUAGAAAGGUGAAGCGUAGGAGGGAGGACUGCUGUUGCUCGGAGUUGGGACGACAUUUCUUUGUGUUUUUGGGAAGUUUGGGAAGUUUUAUGAUCCCGUUUUAUGGUCAUUCUGUUUCUGUUUGUCUCUUUGGAAUUGCAGAGUUUGCACCCAAUGUCCGUGAGGAGUCGCAUGCGGAACAUCCCACCGCCAUGCGACUGCUUUGUACUCCAUACAGCGGAACCUGCUUACGUCCUGUCCCGUGUCCAAUCAGGCCUUCCCGGGGUCACUCGCUAGUCCAGUCCAGGCCAGUCCAGGCCAGUCCAGGCCAGUCCAGGCCAGUCCAGGUCGAAGCUGUACUAAUUCUACACUCGAUCAAGGUUACUUUAUUAUUAAGUGCCAAGAAAUAUGCCACCAAUGGUUAGUUUUCCCAGAAUGCUGUCAGCCAAUUGGACGGACAUCCGGAUAAACAGGUUCCGCUGUAUCCCUCUUCGGCCUUUUAGGGAAUUUCCUCAACGUAACAUUGAUCCAUUCUUCCCUUUUUAAGCCGCCACGCUCGAGAGAAAUGGUCCAAGUGUUCCGAACUGUGGUCUCGUGUGCGAGUGCUACCUCGGAAAACCACCGCAGACGCACGACCUUGGCCGACAGCGUGACCUCUGCAAUGUCAAGUUCACUCCAUGCCAACGUAGACGCUAGCUAGGCCGAGUCGUAGCGUGGACUCCAUGUAGAACAGAUGAGUAGACACCCCGCACUUACCAUGACUAGCUAGCGAUGAUAGAACGUAUGAGAUAUGUUCAUACGCAAACAGGAAGUACGUAUGCUAGACGCGCCAUCUCAUGCUAAAUAGAUAUUAACAACGAUGCCACUUGUACAGAUAAUACUUCUUUUUUUUUCAUGACUUCAACCAUCGCUUUUACUAAGUCGCCAACAAGUAACUGACUUAUUUACGUUCACGUCCGGAUUUGUGCUCUUUUUGGUCCACUUUCUUCCUUUCCUAACAUUCCCUUCCAGAACGAUGGACGGGAACACACAUUGAGCUGCUGUAAAGUAAACUUCUAUUUUCAGUUGGCGCUCCCGCGGUUUGCCCUUCUGGCGCCCGAGCACGCUGCUACCAAGCUAGCACAGAUUAUUAGGGCCACAUUCAAAAACAUUGGACUUCCAGAAUAAAGUCAUACAUUUACUGGAAUAAAGGUGGAAUUUUAGGAGAAAAAACAGUUGGCCAAAGGUUACAUAAGUCCCCCCCCCCCCCCCCAUAGCUGUCUCAGGCAAUGCCUGCAAUGUAAAGUUAGGCAAUUGUUGUAAUACGACUUUUUUCCUUUUUAAUUUACGACUUUAUUCUCAUAAUGUUAGGACUUUAUUCUCAUAAAUUGACAACUUUAUUCUCCUAAAUCGACAACUUUAUUCUCAUAAUGUUAGGACUUUAUUCUCAUAAUGUUAGGACUUUAUUCUCAUAAAUUGACAAGUUUAUUCUCCUAAAUCGACAACUUUAUUCUCAUAAUGUUAGGACUUUAUUCUCAUAAUGUUAGGACUUUAUUCUCAUAAGUUGACAACUUUAUUCUCCUAAAUCGACAACUUUAUUCUGAUAAUGUUAGGACUUUAUUCUCAUAAUGUUAGGACUUUAUUCUCAUAAAUUGACAACUUUAUUCUCAUAAUGUUAGGACUUUAUUCUCCUAAAUCGACAACUUUAUUCUCAUAAUGUUAGGACUUUAUUCUCCUAAAUCGACAACUUUAUUCUCAUAAUGUUAGGACUUUAUUCUCCUAA